GUCAGACUGACAACGUCAGUUCGCCCAACUGAGGGCAAAAAUGGGAGUUUAUUUGUUUAAUAUGUUCGUGAAUUUGUUACUAAUUUGAUUAUAAAGCGGCGAUUAGUCAAGCCGGAAUGCCGCUCUAGUGCCAUAAAGCCAUACAGGUGAAUUUCAUGUUUUAGCCCAAAUGGGGCACUAUCACUAUGAGGAGUUUGUUUAGGUUUAAACAUGGUUAAUUUUUGUAUUUGUUGACCAAAUCACAUAACUGUAUAAUGACACGUAAUUUUAAAACAAUAGCUUGGUGAUUAUUAAUGUGUCGCGCCCACGUCCGCUGCCACUAACGCGUUUAGGCUCAUUUUUACUUCAUAGUUUAAAAAUCAAUAUACAGCAACACACUCUAAUCAGGCAAAGAAUGCCUGUUUGGGAGAACAGUAGAAUAAAGCUUUCAAGAGCAGUGGGAACUAGCUGGUUACAUUAAUUAUAAACAACCUUAGAAGCACACUGAUGAUCAGAUCUUCCCUCCAGAGUGAAUGAUGAGGUUCAACAAACAAGAGCUGGCUACUCUAGCUAUGCAACCAUCCACCAAAUUCGAAAAGGAAGGUAUUCUGUAUAUCCGAGAGCGCCAGGAAGGAUUCUUUCGCAAGUCGGAAAGUAAGUCUGUAGAGUUUGCAUGCUUGGCAGGUAAGUUGCAGUGUUCUCAAUAAACAAAGACUGACUUGAUCAUGUUCCUUAUUCUUCUCAGUCCAAGGCCUCAAUCCUACACUGACAUCAUUGGAAUAACAAACAUUUUCCCACGAUUUAUUCGGUUGUUUACCCAGAGAAGAAUGUCUUUAACACAAUAAACCAUGUACAUUUUACGAGCGUCACAGCCAGCAAUGUGGAUAUUAUUCUGUACAAAGCAUGUGAACUGCUCAAAGGAAGUUUGCAUGAUCUGUGCCAAUGUAUUCGACUCAUAUUUGGCUGUUAAGUCGCAAAUCGCUCAACCCUUUGCUGAGCGUCUGUGGCUCAGCAGCCCCCAUGUACUAAUAUCGUAUCCUCGCCUUAGCAUUUUAUGUAUAUUAUUUCCUUUCCAUUUUUUUUGUUUUAAUCAUGUUCUUACAGGAGGCAAGAAGGGCAAAUUGGAAAAACAUGAAAAAAGGCUUCGAAACUUGAGUUGCGUGGGGGGAAUUACUAAAGUAAACCUUGAGAGAUGGUGCCGUUUACGGGGCAACCUGCUGUUCUACUUCAAGAGCAAAGAUCCUUGGUCGGAGCCUUUGGGGGUGGUUGUUUUAGAGCAGUGCCAGGUCAGGCUGGAUCCGCCCAUGGCUUCGGCGCCUUUAACAAACGACGGCCACUAUCCCUUCUACUUGGUGUUCGACGGCGGGCUGUGCCAAGCGCUGGCUUCCACCUCCGAAUUCGAACGCGCCAGUUGGAUGGAGGCGAUCAGAACCGCCAGCUACGAAGGCAUCAGAGCCGAACUGAACGCGCUCAGACAGUGCAUCGAACGUCGGCGCAACCUUAAACCUAACGUGGACUUGCAGACUUGGAGGCUGCAGCAAAACCACACCUUAGAUAUAUCCGAAGUGCCAAUGUAUGAAAUGGCCAUGGCUUGCGACAACCUUUUAUGCGACGGGCAUGGGAGGCCGCCCAAUCCCACUUUAGUGGUGGAUGCUUACAUGCCAGCGCAGAAAACGUGGGUUCAGUACGGGCGCACUGAGAUCAUUGAGAAAAGCAGCAAUCCCCAGUUUCUGAGCACCAUCAGCUUCAGGGCUUCCGAUGGGCUGACCGGCGAAUCCCGGCUCAGAUUCACAGUCUUCGAUGUGCAGGAACGAGUGUCGCACACCGCCAUUCCUCUAGGAUCUUCCUGUGUUCUUCUCAGUGCCAUACAGGACUCAACAAGAUUAAGAAUCCCAUUAUCGUCGCGCCAAAGCACAACUGCAGGUUUCCUGACGGUCUGCGCCUGGUCGUUGGAGGCCGAAGAUAAGGGCAGUUCCACGGAUCACACGCCUGCCAGAGUGCCGAGUGUUAACGCAAACCACGCCCAACAGAUUUGGUCGCAUCGAAGAUCGCAGUCGCUGCCACCUCGCCUAGGGGUGAAAAUGCGCCUCCCCAGCCAGUCGGACUUGAAGCUGCUGUUCUCCUCCCCAUAUCUUCAAACGUACAGGUUCCAUUCGGGGUUGGGCGGCGACAUUUCCGUGCACGAAUACAUGGCGGAGAGCAAGCUCUGCUUCAGCUUCCCGCAUCAAAUGCUGGACGUGUGGAUUCUUCAGGAGAAAGAGCUGCUUCAAGAAGUGGCAGGCAUGGGCGAGCUGCGGGAGCCCUGGCACUCUCGUCAAGUGGAGCUGUUGGAUCGUCACUUGCACCUCCUCAGGCUCUAUUCUCAGGCUCGUGAAAACCUGCAAGCCCACAAGGGGCCCUACUUCAAGAAAAGCUCCCGCAAAACGGACCGCAGCCUGGAAUUCGUCCCGAUCAACAUGCACCUGCAACGAAUGUGGGUGCACAACGACACGCUCAACAAGUCAGGCUUCUACGACUGGAUUACGGUGGGCGCUUUCACAGCGCACAGCCAUCGCUCGAAGAAUGGCGGCUUAAUCAGGCUGGUGCAACAGCUCAAAGAAUCUCCGAUGAAGGCCAAUUCCAACUACCAAAUUGCCACGAAAAUCUCCAUGGCCAAUGAUGCCAUUCAAGCAAUCAAGCAACUAAGAAGAGAAGUGGUGGAAGCAAUGAAAUCCCUAAUGCGUCUGGCCAAAGAGAAGCAAACCAACGGAAUGUUACCGAUAUGCGAGGACAUGAUCAACAAAACCCGCAUCCUCCUCAGCUUGUGGGAUCCGGGCCUGGUGGAGGAGGCGCUCAGUUUCAUUGAGGAGCACAAACUGACUCAAGCCGACGACUCUGGCUUGAGCGAGGAUCUGAGCUUGGACAGCGUGGGCGGUCGUCCCAGUCUAGUGCUCUCCCCAUUCAAGCGGAUCACGCAGCAACUGACGCUUGACUUAAAAAGCCCCGAACUGGAAGACUUUGCGACGCCAUGCGUGCAGAAAACCGUGGAAGAUCUGUGGAAAGUGCCCAGCAGCGAGAGCAAUCUGCUGAACACCAGCGAUGGCCUGAAGACGCUCUGCUCCAGCAUGAAGACGCCGGAUGAAAGCAACUUUGUGCUCUUCCCUGAUGUGGAAGACGCGAACCUGGAGACUUCGAUGGACAGCGGCCAACCAGAUAGUCUAUCAACGAACGGAGUGAACUCCGAAGCGGAUCCCCGCGCAAAAAUGUUCCUGGAUACCAUCGCCAUGUGCAAUUCGCCUUCGGCCAAUUACUACAAACCCACCGAAGAACCGGAGCCGUGGGACAUCACGCAGUUGAACAUCGAAGCCAGCGUGAUGUGCCUAGUUAGCAAAGUAAAGUUCUUGUGCGGCAGAUGCGGGAGUCCAGCAGUGCGGCUGAAGCAGCACUCGACAGGUCGAAGGAAGAUUGUUCCAUCAGCGCCGAAAAGUGACGACCCUGUGGAUAAAGGCCUGGUGAGAAACGGCAAUAAAUUCACCGAAGGCCUGGACUUGAGUAAGAUCAGCGACUGGGCGUCAGAGCUGAGGCCCAGCAUGCGUAAGCUGAGACAGGCCAUGGACGGCUUGCUUAAAACAGCUCGCUUAACUCAUUCAGUGUUCCGAGUGCAGGAAGACCCCAAAGCGGCCCAGCGAGUAUGCAACGUUCGCUAUCGGCGGGACGUUUGCUUCUCCCAAGCGCUUUCUUCACUAGCAACGGGGCUGAUGACGCGAUUGUGGUGCCACAAACCCGACCCUGCCUAUAUUGCCACUUUGGGGCAAUUGGGGCCUCUGGCCCACUUCGAAGGGCUGCUAAGCUACUACGGCAAUGAAAUCGAUAUGUGGGGCGACAUGUCGGUGGCCAUUGAAGACCUACGCACAGUCCUAUUCGUUCUAGUGCGGAGCCCCAGCCCGUCUGUCGAGCCGGUGCCCACUCCCAAAGUGUCCGGCACCAGAAACAGCCUGACUGUCUCACUGCCGGUCCCCGACAACCUGUACAGCCUGCUGCCCUCAAGACAGACCUUUAGCUUCCACGUUACCCCCGUCUUUUUCAACAUAGGAAUCAACGAAAUGGCUUCGAUAGCUGAGGGAAUCGGCGCCACCAAGCCGCAAGAGCGCGCAAAUAUCGACAACUUCGACCGGUUGUACGAGUACUUUUUGCGGUAUAGAAAAAUCAACCGCUGUGACAAUCCGAGACAGUCGGCGGGAAGCUCAAACUGUCGCCCUUUGAUCGAGAUGAUUGAGGAGCUGAGAGCGGAGGUGCAUGGCGCCAAACCGAAGAACGUGGCCAUUCUUAGACUGUCCGCGCAAAUUAGUAGACACAUGAAAGGUAUUAGAUUUACCAGUUGCAAAAGUGCCAAAGAUCGGACUGGGAUGUCAGUCACUCUAGAGCAGUGUAGGAUACUGGCUGAAGAAUACCAUCUAGCUGAGCACGAGUUUCAAAGGGCCCUGGACUGUAUGAGAAGUGAGGGCUGUAGAAGGGAGAACACGAUGAAGAACAUCGGCCUGCGAAAGUACGCUUUCAAUGCCAUGCAGCUGUUGGCCUUCCCCAAGCACUACAAACCGCCCCCAGGCACUUAUGGAUCGGCUCAAAGCUAGAAACGUAGUUUUAGUACUUAACGAAUUUCUUCUGCAGGUGCCAAUAGAUUUGUCGACUGAUCGCGUACUUGGUUACUUAGGUAACACGUUGAAAAAAAUGUGAUUAUCACAACCGUAGCAUCGAUUUCUAGUCACCAAAGUGUGAGGGCUUUUCCUCACAAACUCUCUAAAAUCCAAGGUAACCAGUACGGUUGGUUAUUGCACAAGUUGUUGUAAAUUACUCUUGUUUAUUUCUAGUUAAAUUAUUUCAUAGCUAUUAUUUAUUCGUCUACAGGUACAGUUUAGGACAAUCUGUAUGUCUAAACCCCGAUAAAAGAGUUAUUUUAGAUCA